UUCAUAAAUAAUUUUACUUAAAAUGAACCAAUGUUACCCUUCGGAGCUCACUAAAACAGAGGAUGAGACAAGUUAUAAGGAUGAAACUGAAAAUGGAACUAUGACUGCAAGGGAUCUUAUUCCUGAAUACAUGCCAGCGAAGUCUCCACCUGCUACAGAAAGUUUUGAUCUCUAUGCGGAAGUCCAUGCAGAAGCUUCAUCUUUAGUCAGCUCAAUGGAUGGGAUUGAGGCUUAUAAUUACAGAGAUCCUGAACUUCGGUAUAAAAUGGUAUCUAUGGAGAAACAGUUGUAUAAACUUAAAUAAAAUGGCUAAUUACGAACAACCUCAAGAAAAUAUUAUAGAAGUACGAAAAGAUGGAUUAACAAAAUUAGAUCAACAAGCAGAGAUCCUUGAGAAGGAGAACCAAGAGAUUAGAGCACAGUUAGACCCUCUUAAGGAAGAAAUGGUUGAGUUAAGAGCAAUUAUGAGCAACCUCCAGCAAUCUUUAGACUUGAUACUUCGAGAAGUCGUCGGCUUUAAGCGCAAAUUUUAAUUUUUAAAUCUCAAUAUUGCAC